AUGCUAAAUAUGAUAGUUCAAAACAAAAAGAGGUUUCUAAUCCUCCUAUCUGCAGGGCUAAUAGUUACUACUGUUAUAAUUAUACUGAUAUAUUGUAUUUUCAGCUGAAUUGCAUCAUUGAUUUCUUGACCUAUUUCUCUGCUGCUAUUUAUCCUUUUGCUAUAUUACCUACUUCAUCUCUCUAUAAGGCUCUCAGUUUUCCCAGGCUCCACAUGGCUAUGAAGACGCUCUAUAGAGUCUCAUUUUUGUAAACAAAUAUCAAUGCAGCUUUUAGCACGAAUCCAAGACCUUCAUAUUGCUUUAGAAAUCUUGCUAGACGAAUGCAAUGAAAUCGACAAAAGGGAAUUUCUAUAGAGGCUGCCUUUGAGUAGCGCUCUAAGCGCCCGAGACUUCCCGACGAAGUCUGGGCGGUGGUUUGACCAGCUGAUGUUGGUCAAACCAACAUCCAAAAUGACAAAUUCUUCUUAUACAGAAGGUUUGUCAAAUUGGAUGCUGGUUCGACCAACAUCAGCUGGUCAAACCACCGCCCAGACUUCGUCGGGAAGUCUCGGGCGCUUAGAGCGCUACUCAAAGGCAGCCUCUAUAUCAAACUCAGCAGAUGCUACAAAUAAUGCCAAAUUGCUGCUUAUAACUGCUAUUUAUGGGUUUAAUUUGCAAAAAGAAAACCAAACUAUUACCCGAAAGCAGGAAAUUUUGCUGAAUUUUUUGGUAAGUUUGCAAUGCUCAUUGCAGGAAAUAAAGAUUAUUCUUGAGAAUAAGGAAGAAUGCUCGAUGUGGGACUGGAUUGAUACAAUAGAAAGUGAGGCAGAUUGGCUUGGGGUGGUUUUUGGGGAUUUUCCAGUUAACGCGUCUGCGAGAACUGCGUUAGGUACUUGUAUUGAUAUAGAAUGUAUACUACAAUCAAGCUAUGAAGGUAAAAAUAUUAUUGAAAAAGCAAAAAAUUUUUUAUGGGAUGACACCUUUGGGACUCUUGACCAGAUGAGAUUAUAAUAGACCUGACUAUAUUUUAUAUUAAAUUAUUUGCAAAAUUGCAUAAUUUCUAUAAGAAAUAAUCAAGAAAAUAUGUAAAUAUAUAUAAUUUCAAAUAAAAAUGAAUAGAAUUAGAAGCAAGAUAUCACUCUCAGCAGAUAUGAGUCACAGCUGACGAUGGAAUCAAUAUAGAUUGCUUAUGAAUUUCCUGCACAGCUGAUUUAUCCUCAGCCCCCGCAAUGCUGAUGUGCAGCCCUAAUGCUGGAAUUUAUGAAUUUUCCUAUUACCAAAGUGACUGAAUUGAUUUUUACAUAAACUUAGGAAUUAGUGUAUUUUUAUGAAAUUAUAGAGGGUAUGGCAGAACCAAAGGAAAUCCAACCCCUGACAGACUGAAAAAAGAUGGAGAAAUCAUAUUAGAUUAUUUAAAAAAAAUAAGAAAAGUCGAAAAAAUCGGAAUUCAUGGGGAAAGUUUUGGAGGGUGUAUUGCAGCUAAUUUAGCCAGAAAAUUAAAUGUCCAGUUUGUAUUCCUUGACCGAUGUUUUUCUUCUUUAAAUGAAAUGGCUUUUUAUAACUUUGGAAUUGUCGCAAGCUAUAUUUAUAAAUACAUAGGCAGAUGACAUGUAGACGUAACCUCUGAUUUUAUAAGUUGUGAAUGCUAUAAAAUUCUUGCCGUCGACCCUCAAGAUGGCACAAUUCAUGAUCUUGCUUCUCUAAAAACAGGCAUAGCUCUCGAAAUCAUCAAAAAAUCCCACGAAAUCCCAAACUCCCAAGCAAAAUUUGAUAUAAAUUCUUAUGAUUUUAUUUUAUGUAAAACUGAUAUUGAUGAGCUAUUAGUCCAUAUAGACACUUUAAUGAAGCUUGCAGUCAAAUAUUUAAAAAGUGACUCAAAUACACAAUUUUCUUUAAAUAUCACUGCAAAUAGCCAAUAUCAAUUAAUGGUCAAAGAGUCUGAUUGUAUAGAAGAUGACGUUGUUUCUUAUGUGCUAGAAAAGCUUUUUGGGGUUUUAGAUGUUUUAGAUGCAGGAGGAAAGCCGAUUGCCAAUAUUGUUUUUGAUAAAGACAGGAAGUAUUCUUUGAAUUUGUGGCUUAUUGUGCUGGAAAUAUGAGGAAGCUAUUUGCCGCUAAAUCCUGAUAUAAAUGAUUAUGCUGGGAGGACGAUACAAAAAAUAAAAAAUACAAUAGAAGAGAUGGAGUCUAUUUAUGCGGAAUAUGAAAUAAUAUCAAAUCCAACGGUAGUCAUUAUUUGUAAUGAAAUUAAAGCAGUGGAAAAAUUAUUAUACAAAAUUCUUGAUUAUUUUCAAACAAAUAGUUCUCAUCAAAUGAAGGCAAUAAGCCAAAUUUCGUCUGAAAUUCUUACAACAACCUCUAGAACUAAUGAUUUCUCUAGAGCUGGAUAUCUAAUUCCAAUCUCCUGUGGGCACUCAGGAAAUUAUGAUGACGCUGAAAAGCUGCUAUUAGAAGAGCAUCUCAUUCAAGUAGGAUUUAUAAAAAAUUAA